CCAGAUGGGGGCCUGCAGGCGUGGCUUCAGGUGCUGGGUGGCUUCGUCAUCUACUUUAACACCUGGGGCCUUAUGAUCAGCUUUGGCGUCUUCCAGACCUACUACCAGGACCACCUCCUGGCCGCCUCGUCCCCCUCGGCCAUCGCCUGGAUCGGAACCAUGCAGGCCUUCUUCCUCAUCGAGGUCGGCGUCGUCACCGGCCCGCUCUACGACCAGGGCUACUGCCGCCACAUCCUGCUCGUCGGCACCGUCCUCCUCGUCCUCGGCGUCGCCCUCACCAGCGUCGCCACCCGGUACUGGAGCGUCUUCCUCUCCCUCGGCGUCUGUACCGGCAUCGGCAUGGGCUGCCUCUUCUUCCCGGGCGUCACCUCCAUCAGCACCUACUUCACCCGCCGCCGGGGUCUCGCAGGAGGGCUCGCUGCGGCUGGGAGCGGCGUCGGCGCCAUCGUCUACCCCAUCGUCCUCCGCCAGCUCGUCGCAGCCGCCUCGUUCCCCUGGGCUGUUCGCGCCGUCGCCCUCAUCGUCCUCGUCACCAGCCUCGUGCCUCUCCUCGCGGUCCGACCACUCUGGCUGCCCUCCGCCCGCCGCCGCCUCCUCGACCGCGCUGCCUUCCGCGGCGACGGCAGUUCUAUCUUUGCCUUCUGGUCUCUUGCCAACGUCGUCGGCUGGGUGGGCCUGCAGGCGCCCAUCUUCUACGCCAAUGCCUUCGCCCAGAACGUCGUUAGCCUCUCCCAGGCCGAUGCCUUCUAUGUCUCAGCCGUCCUGGGCGCCGGCUCCCUCCCCGGUCGCCUCCUCACCGCCCUCGCCAGCGACCGCCUCGGCCCGCUGUGGGUCUACCCAGCCUGCAUGGCCCUUGCGGGUGUCAUCUCGCUGGCAUGGAUCGGCGUGCGCAACUACGCCGGGCUCAUGGUCGUCGUGGUCCUGUACGGCUUCGCGUACGGCGGCAUCUCGUCGCUGCCGCCCGCGGCCAUCGCCGCCCUCAGUCCGGACGUCGCAACGCUAGGCACGCGCAUCGGAACGUCCUUCUCUGUGGCCGGCUUCGCCAUGCUAGUCGGGCCGCCCAUCGCGGGGGCCAUCGAGCAGAGGGGGAGGGGCGCGGCGGCGGGGUACGAAGGCAUGUUUGGCUUCGCGGGG